AUGCUUCUCGCUAAGGAUCUUCUCCAUCCCUCUCCAGAAGAGAAGAGGAAGCACAAGAAGAAGCACCUGGUGCAGAGCCCCGAUUCCUACUUCAUGGAUGUAAAAUGCCCAGGAUGCUAUGAAAUCACCACCAUGUUUAGCCAAGCACAAACAGCAGUUUUGUGUGGUUGCUCCCCUGUUCUCUGUCAGCCAACAGGAGGAAAAGCAAGGCUUACAGAAGGAUGCUCCUUCAGAAGGAAGCAGCACUAAAAGCACUUCAAAUCAAGAUGAGUGG